UUAGGGCUCUUGGUUGAGGGGAGUUAUAUCAGGGCUUCCAGGAUGAUGACGAGGACGCCAGCGGCGAAGCGGCCGCGAGUUCUAGAGCUGCUGGAGCGCGAGAUCGAAGUGGCGCACUCGCCGGCAGCAAGGAAUCCUGUGCUCGAUGAUGGAAUGGCGGCUAUGGUGCCGUAUGAUCAGCGAAAUCUUGAGCUCGCCGGUUCCUAUCCAGAGGACGAUGAUGCCGGCGAUCACGAUCGCGACUGGGAUUCGAUGCGCUGCAGCUAUAAAUGCCGAAAUAUGGUGAAAUCGGAGCUACUCGAGACGCUGGAUCGCAGAGAAAAGCAAGUUGUAGAGUACGAAGCGGCAUUUAAACAGCUAAAAGCUCGCGAAAGCGAGAACCAAAGCCUGAUUGCGCGCGUGAAGUCACUAGAACAAAGUUUGGCAGCUGCUACGUGCAGAGAAGAAGCUCUACGUACGCAGCGAGCUGAGGAGGUGACUGUGGGAGAAGAACGAUUUCGCAAGCACCUACUUCGUUGCAACGAAAUCCAGGAAAAGUUGAUGGCAGAGAUUCGAUCAAAGUCCGAGGCCGAGACAAGAGCUAAGGAAGCGGAAAACGAAAUCUCGUCACUCAAAAACGAGCUUGCAAGCUUGCGUGACAGCUCUGCUAAAGAAAUUCGUCGUCUGGAAAGGGAUAUACAAGGGAUGGAAGAGAACAACGAGUUUUGCAUGUCUAAAAUGAAUGCUGAGAAUGAUGCAUGUAGACGGGAGACCGAGUGCGUAUCAGAGGAGCUUUCGUAUUUGCGCGUGCAACAUGGAGAGCUUGAAGAGAAACUUAACAAUAUACUGCAGGAAAAAAUGAACCUUGAAAGAGAGCUCGCUACCGCGUCAAGUAAGCUUUCCAAUACACGUAUGACGGACAGUCAAGAGGCGGAGGCAGUAAUCAACAGUCUGCGAGAGGAAUUAAAACAUCAGUCUGCUGAAAUUUCAGAGGCGAAGAAGCUGAAGGCAAAUUACGUGAAGCAGCAGGCAGUGGAAGAACAACUUGAUACUCUAAGAAAGCGCGCAGAACAAGCAGAAGCCAAGCUGGUAGACUAUGCUGACGUGAAGCUCCGUAUAUCCGCUUUGGAAUGUGAUCUGAAUGCUUGGGACGAUGUCCUCAAAACCAUCCCAGGAAACGUCUCUCGAGAUCAGAUCCCCGAGAAGCUAGUUAGCUUGCAGAGGGAGUUGCUGGUCAGACUAUCUGAAAAUGGAGGGCUUAAAGCUAAAGUUGAGGAGUUACAAGUCGCACUGGCGCGGACUCUGAUGGAAAAACAAGAAUCGGAGUCUGCUGCUGCAUCAGCACGUCAACAUGCAGAAGGAGCUCGAGGAAGAAUCUCUCGCCUGGAACGCCAGGUUGUUUCUUUGACACGAGAAAGAGACGGAGUAAAAGCCAUCCUUGCUUCAUAUGAUGAAGAGGAAUCGUUCCUUUUGCAACAACAUAAGGCAGCUUCGUCUACAUCUGUACUUGCGACUCCUGAGAAGUCUAAGCAGCGGCGAAUUGAGGAGCUGGAGAGUCUCUUAGCUAGCUCGCAGGAGACGAUCAAGGUCAUAGAGAAGGAAUUAGAAGAAAGCAUUGGAACGUCAAAGGAGCGUCAAAUCGCUGCCGAUGGACUCUCAGCCGAUCUUGAAGCUGCACGCUCUAAAAUUUCAUCUUUGGAACGCGAAUCGCUGCAAUUACGGCAAGAAAUUGGAACCCUUGAAGGAAAGCUUGCUUGCGGUGAGUUUGAUCCUUCCAAGACCAAAGUCUUGAAGCUGCGAACAAGCUUGGACACUACAGAAACGUCUCACCCGGUUGUCACUUCUAUACCUGUUGAGAGUGCCACGCACGAGCAAAUUGCAUCUAUUCUUGAAAGCAAGGACAAGAUUGCUAUGCUGACGGGCAAAGUGGGCGCACUAGAGCAGGAGAUUUCUACGUUAAAAAAACGUGAAAACAGAUACAUGCAAGUGUUUGCCGAAAAGGCUUUUACUUUUAGGACGGCAUGUGGUUUGAUCUUUGGUUACGAGAUAUUGAUGAACGAGAAGCCCGAUUCCGCAGUUACGUUUUUCAAGCUCCGUUCGGUUUACUCAAGAGAUAAGGAGUACGAAACACUUGAGUUUCAGUAUACAGCAAAUGGACAUGCAGUUGGACGCAUCGAUAUGCUGGCAAAUGAUUAUACAACUUCGCCUGAAAUCGACCGUCAGGUGACGACAUUUUUGCAAGGCUUCAAAUCGAUACCUGCUUUUAUAGCCAACUUGACACUCGAGCUGUUCAACAAGGGGACCAUUGGCUGAGGGAAGCACAAGGCUACAAACUCCGCCGAGUGUCUCUUGUACGCAUGGAGUAGAUGUUAGCGAGUAACAACAUGGGCACCGCGCCGGAGAUCACUGUGACUUCGGCAGGCACCGAGGAAGCACUUCCAGUCGACAGAACCCGUGAGGGACGGCAUUGUUAGCAUGAGCUCCCGUGCCUCGUUGAGGUGCCCGGCUCUAGCCAGCAGAUCGACCAUGCAAGUGUAGUGCUGCUUCGAUGGUUGCAGCUGGAAAUCCAUGCUCAUCGACACAAAAUGGGACCUGGCAGUGUAGAGGUCUCCGUCGUGGCUGGAGGCUAUCAGGAUAGAGAGAAAGCGAGUCUGAUCCGGUUGAAGAUGGCCUUGGCCUCGUCGACGUGCCCGUUCUGAGCGUACGUUACGUAGCAUCGAGUUCCAGGAGACAGUCGUGCUGUGGCAUCUCGCGAAAGAGGUGAAGGCUCGGAUGACAUGCCCGUUCUGGGUGUAAGCAGCGAGCAUCGAUUUUCACAUAAUGUCGUGUCUCUGAGAGAUCAUCGACGUUGUGCUCCGGCAUCUCGUCGAAGAUUCGUUUGGAUUCUUCGAGAUGCCCGCCUUGGGCAUAUGUUGUGAGCAAGUUGGUCCAAGAGACUACGUGUCGGUGUGGCAUGGUAUCGAAAAGAUAUUUUAGGUA